CUAGGGCUGCUCCUGGCGGCGGCGGGGCUGGGCGCCCGGGCAGAGCCGUUGCUGGCCUCUGGAGCGCGGCCCGUGGCGCUGGAGGAGGAGAUCGUGUCCGAGAAGGCGGCCGAAGCCAGCCACCGGCAGGACAGCGCCAACCUGCUCAUCUUCAUCCUCCUGCUCACCCUCACCAUUCUCACCAUCUGGCUCUUCAAGCACCGCCGCGCGCGCUUCCUCCACGAGACGGGCCUGGCCAUGAUCUACGGUGUCCUGGUGGGGGUCGUCCUUCGCUACGGCAUCCACAUUCCCAGUGAUAUCAACAACGUGACUUUAAGCUGCCCAGUGCAGACCAGCCCUGCAACUCUGUUAGUAAACCUCAGUGGAAAGUUCUAUGAGUAUACCCUCAAAGGGGAGAUCAGUUCCCACGAACCUAAUAACGUUCAGGACAAUGAGAUGCUCAGAAAGGUGACAUUCGAUCCAGAAGUAUUCUUCAACAUCUUGCUCCCUCCAAUUAUAUUUUAUGCAGGAUACAGUUUGAAAAGGCGGCAUUUCUUUCGAAACCUGGGAUCCAUCUUGGCAUACGCUUUCCUUGGAACGGCCAUUUCCUGCUUUGUGAUAGGGUCCAUCAUGUAUGGCUGUGUUUCUCUGAUGAAGGUGAUGGGACAGCUUGGAGGAGAUUUCUACUUUACUGACUGCCUCUUGUUCGGUGCCAUUGCCUCUGCUACUGACCCAGUGACUGUACUUGCCAUUUUCCACGAGCUUCAGGUGGACGUUGAACUGUAUGCCCUUCUGUUUGGCGAAAGUGUCCUCAAUGAUGCAGUUGCCAUCGUCCUGUCUUCCUCGAUUGUAGCCUACCAACCAGCAGGGGACAACAGCCACACUUUUGAUUUAACGGCAAUGUUCAAGUCCAUUGGGAUUUUCCUGGGUAUCUUCAGCGGAUCAUUUGCCAUGGGAGCCGCUACUGGGGUUGUGACUGCUUUGGUCACCAAAUUCACCAAACUCCGUGAGUUCCAGCUGCUGGAAACAGGCUUGUUUUUCCUGAUGUCUUGGAGCACCUUUCUAUUGGCUGAAGCUUGUGGCUUUACAGGUGUUGUAGCUGUGCUGUUUUGUGGCAUCACUCAGGCCCACUAUACUUAUAACAACUUGUCCACUGAGUCCCAGCACAGAACUAAACAGUUGUUUGAGCUCCUCAAUUUCUUGGCUGAAAACUUCAUCUUCUCCUACAUGGGCCUUACGCUGUUCACCUUCCAGAAUCAUGUGUUUAAUCCAACGUUUGUAGUGGGAGCUUUCCUGGCUGUGUUCCUGGGCAGAGCUGCAAACAUUUACCCUCUCUCAUUCCUGCUUAAUUUGGGGAGAAGAAACAAGAUCGGGACAAAUUUCCAACAUAUGAUGAUGUUUGCUGGCCUCCGUGGAGCCAUGGCUUUUGCGCUGGCCAUUCGGGACACGGCCACCUAUGCGCGGCAGAUGAUGUUCAGUACAACGCUUCUCAUCGUCUUCUUUACUGUCUGGGUGUUUGGAGGUGGCACCACGCCUAUGCUGUCGUGCCUUCAUAUCAGGGUUGGUGUGGAUGCAGAUCAAGAGAACAUGGGAGUGCCGGAAAAUGAGAGGAGAAGUACCAAAGCAGAGAGCGCUUGGUUAUUCCGGCUGUGGUACAACUUCGACCAUAAUUACCUGAAGCCCCUCCUGACGCACAGUGGUCCUCCUCUAACGACGACGCUCCCGAGCUGCUGCGGCCCCAUUGCCAGAUGCCUGACUAGCCCUCAGGCUUAUGAGAAUCAAGAGCAGCUGAAAGACGAUGAUUCAGACCUUAUUUUGAACGACGGAGACAUCAGUUUGACCUAUGGGGAUUCCACCGUGAACACAGAUUCUUUGACAUCUGGUGCAUCUCGAAGGGUGGCGGGGAAUGGUUCUGAGGACACCCUGGACCAGGAGCUUGGGUUUGGGGACCAUGAACUUGUCAUAAGGGGCACACGCCUCGUUCUCCCCAUGGAUGAUUCAGAGCCCCCCUCAAAUGUAGUAGACAAUGCCAGACAUGGCCCAGCAUGAGAUCUGCUGGUAACAAGGUGAUAAAAAAAACACAAAAAACCCAUACGAUCAUGAAGAAAAAUGUACUACCUACAACAAAAAAACUACUGCAUGUCUCAGAAUGUCUAAGCUGUAUAAAUAUUACUUAUUUAUAUGGUGUUAGGAGAAUAUAACUACCCAUAUGAGACAACUUGUGAAGAGCAACUUCUUAAUUUUCUUAAGUUAAACUCAUGGACUAUACUGUGUAGCAUUGGAACUGUUUUAGAACAAAUUUCUGUUAUUUGGGGGGGGGGGGCUGCUGCCAAGAUCUUCCCUCCCAACUUUGUGUCAAGUAGCCUGCUUUUCUUUUGCAAUUUCCCAUCACUUACCUGAGAGUAGGAAGGUGGUGGUGGCAUCUUGGGUUGCGUUUUGCUGCGUCUAUCUCAGGUGGCAAGCAGGUGGUUGUGGCUGCCUUCCUUUAGUGGAUGGCAGCUCUCUGUAGCACUGCUAUAGGGUUUGUUAGAACAGACCUUGAUAUAAUGAUGGCCUGCGUGCUAAAUCUGCCACCAGCCAAUAAGAAGCUGUGAUGGGAAUUAGAGCGCUUGGAUGAAACGGCCAAGUAGCAAAUCGUGUGUGGCUUGUUGACAGGAGCCACUUGCAGCUCUCUUCCAGUUGUGACAGGUGCUUCUCAUAAUAAGGCUCCAGCAAGUUCUUUAGGAUUUGUGCUUGGACUAAAGGUGGGCAUUUGUUUUCUUUUUGAGUUUAAAUUUCUCUCUUGCCUUAUUCCAUAGGGCCAGGGGCAGGUUCUGAGUUACGAAGUGGGCAAAGUUUGGUUUUUCACAUAGAGAAUUAAGCAGUGUUUCUAGAUCAGUUAACAGCUGUCCAAAGCCAUUGCUGGCUCCCUUUCUAAGCUUGCAACUGAGUGGCUGUGCCUUUCAGCUAUGUCAAAAAAUUUCUUCUUGCUGCAUUAGCUGCCAAGAAGACCAGUUGAUGUGAAAUAGUCUGGUACAGUUCCACACCAUAUCAUGGAGUUCAGCUGUGUGACAGAACAUGCAGUGGUUUAAGACUCUUAGGUGUGGGUUUUCAAAAGAGGCAGUUUAGGUUAUUAAGUAGUACCGAAAGGGAGUUGUCUGUCCAUCCAUCCUGUAUAGUUGCACUUUGGUUUGGUCACUUUUUUGCAUGCUUAUGUGACUAUAAAAAACCACAACCUUU